AUGUCAAAAAUAUUACAAAAAGCAAAAAAAGUUUAAGAAAAAAAGCCACGUAACCUUUAAAUGUUUUGGAUUUAAAGAAAGAAACAACAUUAUAAGAACCAGUUGUAAAAAGCUAAAUUGAAAAUGUAAGAAAAGUAGUUGAAUAAGAUGAUGCAUGGGGCGAUGAAGAUUAAGCAUAAACAGUAUAAAUUUUAGAUGCUCCUUUAAACAGAUAAUCAGAUGAAGCGCCGUAAAAAAACAAAUAAUUUAUAUGUAAUAAAUUUUAAAAAAAAAGUUAAGAAAGAGCAAAUGUAAGAUAAUAAGAAGAUAAUGCUACAUGGGCUUCUAUAUAGGAAGUGGUAGUAGAACAAUCUAAUUAAUAAAAAGAAGAAGUUCCUUAAAUUUAGCCUGCCUAAGAAAAAAAAAUAAUAAGAACAUCAUGGAUACCAUAAGCAGCAAAGGAACAAGUAUUUUAAUAAGAUUUUGUUGCUAAAGAAGACGAUUUUGUUGACUUAAAAGAAGAAACAUUGA